GAUAAAAUAAAAGAAAGAAAAAAAAAGAAAAAACAAAGGAAAUCGCGUGGGCGAGGAGGAGGGAGGAGAGAGAGCCGCUUCCGCUUGAUUCGAUUCGAAGCAAAACCAACCCAACCCAACCCAACUCAACCGAAUCGAUGGCCGGCGACGAGCCCCUCCCCGGCGACGGGCAGCGGCGGCGCUACCUCAUCGGCUACGCCCUGGCGCCGAAGAAGCAGCAGAGCUUCAUCCAGCCGUCGCUGGUGUCGCGCGCGGCGGGGCGCGGCAUGGACCUCGUCCCCGUCGACCCCUCGCGGCCCCUCCCCGAGCAGGGGCCCUUCCACCUCCUCAUCCACAAGCUCUACGGCGAGGAGUGGCGCGGUCAGCUGGACGCCUUCUCCGCCGCGCACCCAGCCGUCCCCGUCGUCGACCCGCCCCACGCCAUCGACCGCCUCCACAACCGCAUCUCCAUGCUCCAGGUCGUCUCCGAGCUCGACGUCCCGCUCCACGCCCACCACCACCACACCUUCGGCAUCCCCUCCCAGGUCGUCGUCUACGACGCCGCCGCCCUCUCCGACUCCGGCCUCCUCGCCGCCCUCCGCUUCCCCCUCAUCGCCAAGCCCCUCGUCGCCGACGGCACCGCCAAGUCCCACAAGAUGUCCCUCGUCUACCACCGCGAGGGCCUCCGCAAGCUCCGCCCCCCGCUCGUCCUCCAGGAGUUCGUCAACCACGGCGGCGUCAUCUUCAAGGUCUACGUCGUCGGCGCCCACGUCACCUGCGUCAAGCGCCGCAGCCUCCCCGACGUCUCCAGCGACGUCCUCCAGGACGCCUCCGCCGAGGGCUCCCUCUCCUUCUCCCAGGUCUCCAACCUCCCCAACGAGCGCACCGCCCAGGAGUACUACGACGACAUGCGCCUCGAGGACGCCAUCAUGCCACCCACCGCCUUCAUCAACGACAUCGCCGCCGCCCUCCGCCGCGCCCUCGGCCUCCACCUCUUCAACUUCGACAUGAUCCGGGACGCCCGCGCUGGGGAUCGCUACCUCGUCAUUGACAUCAACUACUUCCCCGGCUAUGCCAAGAUGCCCGGAUACGAGACUGUGCUCACCGAUUUCUUCUGGGAGAUGGUUCACAAGGACGACGACACGCCCAACCUCAACCCCAACCCCAAUGACGAGGAUGUCAAAUGAGCCACAUCAAUUUCGACUGCCAUGCUCGCAAACGUGCAAUGCCUGGAUGUCAGCGCGAGGUACCAGGUAUGCUGGUUGCAGAAAAUCUGAUGAGGGGAAUAACGAGCAAGCAAUUAGGAUGGGGAGAUCGGGAUUAACGGAUUCCUGACCAUGUCGGGGUUUCACCGGUGCCAUGCACAGACCCUACCUGCGGUGUAAAUCCUUUCUCCUAACUCCUUUCAUACUGGUUGUUUUAGGUAUCCUUCUGUUCUUCGUAAUUUGCUUCAUCUAGUUUAGUUAGAGCAGCCAAGAGAGAGAAAAGAAAUGAAGAACGAAGUUCUCAAAGAAAAUUUGCUCGGUGCACAAAACUUUUGUUCCUGAGUACUGGAUGAAUUUUUGUUCUUGAGUCGCCAAAUUUGCUCAUAUUUUUUUUCUCUUAUGUACCUACCUACCAGAAUGCUGGUAGACUGGUAGUAGCGUGAACUAGAUGAACUAGUUUAGAAAAAUUUAGAAAAAAAAAGACUCUCUUAGUGCAAGUAAUAACAUAGUAGUGAUAAAUGGUUUAAUCUCA